GGACUUUGGAGUUCUUUUGCCCAUUCUUUACGACUGGAUUCUCCCAGGAAUUGGGACGGGCGACUUGAUACCUCAUCACAUCUUAACCCUGAAUCCAAAUCUCAGGGUUUGCAGCGCUUCCUCUCUCUCUCUCACACUCUCUCAUGAAAUGUGGUUGCUGGUCACUGCCUCUCUUUGCGUCUUUCUUAGAUCCAGGCUCCCUCUCUGUUUUUGAUGCCUUUGAGGUCCUGGAGUACAGGCAGACUGUAGCUGAUCUCUGCACAUUCCUGGGUAAUUGGGGGUAUCGAGGCCCUAUAAAGUACUCUUCCUCUGCUGGAGUUUGAGGUUUGAACUCUUAUGAAACAACAUUUUGAUUUCACUACCUGGGGACCUUCUGUACUUGAAACUUUCUGAGGUUAAGAGUCUGAAAUUUCUACCCGUAUUUUUAAGUUCUGCAUUCAGGCCCAAUGUGAAAUAUACCUGGAAUCCAAGUGAGCAUGGAAUUUUGAGGUCCAAAUUCCAGUCUCUGUACACUCAGGGUCAUUUGUGUCUUUUUCAACUUCUUGUUCUUUGACUUUUGUUUUUGUUUUUGUUAUUUCCUGAAUGGAAGAUGGAAUUCUAAAGAAUCUCCUGGAUCCUGAAGAUCUGUGCAUUCCUCCCUUUUUUCAUGGAAAACCCAUACUAUAUACUUAGUGGCUUGAACUCUGUGAAACACCCUGUCCUAAAUUAGGAAACUCCCACUUCCCCAUCAUGGUUUUUUACAACACAACUCAGUAUGCCUCCUGAACUUUAUUCCCUGCCUUUUUGGGAAGGAAAUUUAUGUCGGCUUCUCACCUUAGAGACAUUUUGUGCUCAUCUGGGAUGCUCAGCAUGAUUUGAGAGGUCCUGGCGUUGGAACGUUUGGGGAAGAACAGCACGGCCUCGAGGCCAGGCGACGGGACCGCGUUGCGCCCCAGAAUGCCCACGGCUUCCUCCUUGGCGAGAGCGCGAGGCAGGGAGGACGCCUGACGCCAGCGAUGGCCGAGGGGGAUGCCGCCCUGACCCGGGACCCGUCGGCCGGGCAGGAGGAACGUCCGUACAAGUGCCAGCAGUGCCCUCGGAGCUACCGGCACGCCGGCAGCCUGGUGAACCACCGGCGCACCCACGAGGUGGGCCUCUUCCGCUGCCUGCUGUGCCGCAAGGACUUCUCCAACCCCAUGGCGCUCAAGAGCCACCUGCGCACCCACACGGAAGAGCGGCGUUACAAAUGCCAGAGCUGCGGCCGGGGCUUCCGGGGCUUUUCCCAGCUCACCAGCCACCGUUGCGCGGCUCCCGCCAGCCGGGACCAGGAGGAGGUGGAAGAGGGGAGCAACGGCGGCAGCUGCGCUUUCCAGAGGGGCCAGGACACCUCUUCGUCGGACGCCGACACCUACGUCGGGGUGGAAGGCGGCAGCGGGAGCCUGCUGACCAACCUGGAGAAGUACAUUGCCGAAUCGGUGGUGCCGGCUGACUUUUCUCAGAUGGAGUUCCCCAUCAAGAUGGAAGCGGCGGAGGAGGAGCCGCUCCCAGGGCGCCGGGGGGAGGAGGAAGAGGAGGAGGAGGAGGAGGAGGAGGAGGAGGAGGCGGGACUCAGGGCCGCCGCGGAUGAGCGCCGCUACAAGUGCAACCAGUGCGACAAGGCCUACAAGCACGCCGGCAGCCUGACCAAUCACAAGCAGAGCCACACGCUGGGCGUCUACCAGUGCACCAUGUGCUACAAGGAGUUCUCCAACCUCAUGGCGCUCAAGAGCCACACCCGCCUCCACUCGGAGUAUCGGCCCUACAAGUGCCGCUUUUGCCACAGAGCCUUCCGGCUGCCCUCCGAGCUGCUGAGCCACCAGAAAGCCCACAGCCCGGACGAGAGCCAGACGGCGGCCCUGCCUGCCUGGGGAGGCUCGGAGCGCGGCCUGUGGGAGGAGGACUCCAUCGAGACCUUGGCCAAGCUGGACAUCUACCACCCACCGCCGGCGGGGGCCGGCUUCGGAGAUGGCGCCCCUUGCAGCCUCAAGGACCCCUCCAAGGCGGGAGGGGGUGAACGCUGCAACCCAGACGGGGAGCUUUGUGUCCGCUGCGGGGGGACCUUUGCCGACGAGGAGGAGCUGAAGGGACACAGUUGCCUCUAUCCAGAGGAGGCGGAUGAAGACGAGGAGGCAGGCAGCACCCCCUUGCAACCAGCGCUUGGCUCCAACGGAGCCUGGGAAGCCAGUCUGAAAGGUGAGGAGGGCUAUGCCGACGAGCGCCCCUUCCGCUGCGGGGAUUGCGGCCGGACGUACCGGCACGCAGGGAGCCUCAUCAACCACAAAAAGAGCCACCAGAUCGGGGUGUACAGCUGCACGGUCUGCUCGAAGCAGCUCUACAACUUGGCCGCCUUGAAGAACCACUUGCGGGUCCACCUCAAGUCCAAGCUCAGCUCGUCGCCGGAGGAGGCUCCCGCGCAUCCGUCCGCCGCUUCGGACAGCCCCGAGGACCCCGCCGACUUCCACCCCGCGCAGCCUCCGCACGUCUGGCGAGGAGCCUCCUGCCCAAAGGACGAGGAAGAGAGGGGUGCCGGGGAGGAAGAGCGGCCCUACCGGUGUGGGGAUUGCGGGCGGAGUUAUCGGCACCGCGGCAGUCUGGUGAACCACCGCCACACCCACCAGACGGGGAUCUUCCAGUGCUCCAUCUGCCCCAAGCAAUACUCCAACCUGAUGGCGCUCCGCAACCACGUCCGGGUGCACUUGCGAGCGGCGCGCAUGCGCGGCAGGGGGCAGGGGGGCGGCCUGACCUGCAGGAGCUGCGGGGAGAGCUUUGAAGAGGAGGCCGAGUUCCAGCUCCACCAGCUGCGCCACUUGCCCUGCACCGAGGACAUCGAGGCAUCGGCCGUCCCCAGACUUGGCGUCUUUCACCCGCAGGAGGCCGACCUCCUCCAGGCCAUCAAGCAGGACGUGGAAGCCCUGGAGAACGGGGCCUCCGUGGCCGAGGAUGUCCUUCCUGCCACUGAGGCGGCGCAUGUCUGCCCCCCGCGUGGGAUGUCCUUUGCCAGCGCGGCCGGCCUGCGAAACCCCGCCCUGCAGCACAGCCGGGACGGGGAGUGGGCGGAAGGCGUGGCCGAGAGGGCCGAUUCCCCCGCCUCCGUCCAGCGGCUCUACGGGUGCGACCUGUGCGGCAAGUCGUACCGGCACUCAGGGAGCCUCAUCAACCACAAGCAGACCCACCAGACGGGCGACUUCAGCUGCUCGCUCUGCAGCAAACAUUUCCAGAAUGUCGCCUCGCUCAAGAGCCACUUGCGCGGCCAUCAGAGGCCCAGGAGAGGACAGUCCGGGACGGCAGUGACCGUGACCGAGGACGAGGACGCCGAAGCGGAAGACGGGACUGCUGCGCCCGGCAUGCUGCCCUCAGCGGACGAGGUCAACGGCAGCUAUGACAUUCUGGAAGAAGGCGCUCUCACAAACGGCUGGGAGUCGCCGUUGCUGGGUGACCCAGAAGGGCUUCCCUAUCUUUGUGAGCAGGGUGGGUUGGGCUUUGACCAGGCCGGCAACUUGAUGAACCACAAGGAGACCCACCCCCUGGGCAUCUACCAGUGCUCCCUGUGCCCCAAAGAAUAUUCCAGCCUUCUGGCUCUGAAAAACCACUUCCACGGACACGCCAAGGCCACGGCGUCCAACCGGGGCAGCCCCGAUGGGGACGGCAGCGGCGAGGAGCAGCCCUUUCUCUGCAGCCUCUGUGGCAUGAUCUUCCCCAGCGAGGAGGACCUCCAGCAUCACCAUAGCCUGUUGCACGAAGAGGGCGAGAGCCAGGGAGACAGCCCAGGGGAGCCUGAGGAACAGGUGGGCGGCGCAGGAGACCGAGAAGACGAGCAGCUCCUUUCUCACAUCUGCGGCUAUUGCGGCCAGACGUUUGAUGAUAUGGCCAGCUUGGAAGAGCACAGCGAGGGGCACCUGGAGGAGAAGGCCGCGGCCCUGGCCGACACGUCCAUCCAGCUCCGACGAGCUCCUCGCCUGGACGAGGACCAGCUGCCCCAAGCUCCGUGCAUAGAGGAGGAACAGCCACCCCCACCUCCUGCCGCCCCCUGCGAAUUCCUGGACAACCGGCCGUACGCCUGCGGUCAAUGCGGCAAGACCUACCGGCACGGUGGUAGCUUGGUCAAUCACAAGAAAAUCCACCAGAUUGGAGAUUACCAGUGCGGCGUCUGCUGCCGACAGUACCCCAAUCUGUCCGCCUAUCGGAACCACCUCCGGAACCACCCGAGAUGCAAACUGAACGGCAGCGUGCCAGAAAUCCGGCAGCCGGUCCCUGCAGGAGGAGGAGCAGGAGAGCCGUCGUUGGCUUAUGAGAUGCCCAAGGAGGAGAAGCCCGUUGACGACAGGGUCAUGGCGCGCCAGGCUGGGGAAGCUCGGCCGUGCGCUUCCUCCCCCGUGGGAGAGGAAAGAUCGGGACAAGACCGAGAGCUCCAGGCGAACCAACCUGAGAACAGAAAGGCCCGGGUGUUUGACAUCUGUGGGGUGAUGUAUGAAGCGAAAGCAGCGUCGGAGGCGCUCCAGGCGCUCCGUUUUGCCAAAGAAGAGGAGAAAGCGGAGAAGGAGGAGGAGGAGGAGGAGGAGGAGGCAAACGUGACCAGGGGAGAGGAAAACGGCCCUGGGGCUGAAGAGGAGGGCUCCCCGUCGGAGCGGCCCUUCCAGUGCGACGUCUGCGGGCGCAACUACAAGCACGCCGGCAGCCUGAUCAACCACAAGCAGACGCACAAGACCGGCCUCUUCCACUGCGGCGUUUGCCAGAAGCAGUUCUACAACCUCAUGGCCCUCAAGAACCACAACCGCACCCAUUUUGAAACCAAGCGCUACCGGUGCUCCGAGUGCCCCAAGGCCUUCCGGCUGCAGAAGCAGCUGGCCAGCCACCAGCGGGUGCACCGUGACCGGAAGCCCUCUUCGCAUCCUUCCCGGAGGCCAGCUCACACCAAGCGGGCAGCCAAGGCGGAGAACCCGUCCCGCCGUCCCGGCCCUGCCAGGCGUCCCCCAGAUCCCGAAGAGCGGCCCUACUGCUGCGGGGAAUGCGGGCGCACGUACCGCCACGCGGGCAGCCUGCUCAACCAUCAGAAGAGCCACAAGGUGGGGCACUUUGCCUGCGCGCUGUGCAGCAAGGCCUACCCCAACCUCAUGUCCCUCAAGAACCACCAGCGCAUCCACUACGAAGUCAAACGCCACCGGUGUCCGGAUUGCGGGAAGGCCUUCAAGUGGCAGCGGCAACUGCUGAGGCACCAGCGACGGCCCCACCCUUGCGGCCAGAGCACUCCGGGGCCGGGACCCGAGAGGGACAAAGCGGCUUCCCGGAGGGAGGAGCCGGGGGGCAGCCCCAGAGAAGCCCCCGUUGGCUCUUUCCAGUGUCCGCUGUGCCCCAAACGCUUCCCCACCCAGACUUCCCUCAAGAACCACAGCCGCGUCCACACCAAGAAGCGUUUCGAGUGCUCGGAGUGCGGCAAGGCUUACCGGGCCUCCCGGGAUCUGAUGCGCCACCUCAGGAGGCAUCGAGCCGAGGCCGCGGAGGACGUUGCCGAGGAGGGCAGCUCCUCCCCGGGUCCCGUGGCAGCCGGUAAGAUGCCGGAGGAGCGGCCUUACAAGUGUACCAGUUGCGAGCGGACGUACCGCCACGCCGGCAGCCUCCUCAACCACAAGAAGGCCCACGCGACCGGCCUCUACCGCUGCCCCACCUGCCAGAAGGAGUUCUACAACCUCCUGGCCCUCAAGAACCACCUCCACACCCACACGGACAAGAAACGCCACCGGUGCCCCCGCUGCAGCAAAACCUUCCGGACUGCCCGGCGCCUGGCUGCCCACGCCAGGGCCCACGGCGGGCCGAAGGAAGACGGGGCGCUCAGCUGCGGCGUCUGCUCCAAGAAGUUCUUCCACCCGCUCAGCUUCCGGCAGCACCAGCUGUCGCACGCCACGGACGAUGGGCAUCCUGGCGCCGGGGGUGAUGGUGCCGCGGGGGAAGUGAGCUGAGGGUUGGUGAGCACCUGGGUGAACGGUGGGCCAAGGAUUGUAUGGCAGGGAGAUCGGACUGCAGGGAAAUUUGG